AUGCAGCAGCAAAUGCAGCAGCAAAUGCAGCAGCAACAACAGCAGAUCUCGCAGCAGCAGCAGCAGCAGCAACUUGCUUUGCCUUCCCCCGUAACACCGCUGUACUGUCCUGCUGCUGCUGCUGCUGCUGCUGGAGUGUAUGCAGGCAGCAGCAGCAGCUGCAGCUGCUGCAGCAGCGGCUGCAGCAGCUGCUCGCCCGCAGCAGCAGAUACACCGCAGCAGUCUCCUUCUGUCUCCUUCUCGCCCCACUACCCCGAUGGCUACCUGAGCCUGCAGCGGCGGCGGCAGCAGCAGCAGCAGCAGCAGCAGCAAUGCCCUGCGCUGCAGCAGCAGCAGCAACACGGAGCGCUCCACAGCAGCACAAUGAUGUGCUGCAGCAGCAGCAGCCUGCCCAUUAGCGAGGAGCUUUGUCCUGCUGCUGUCUUCCCCGAUGCUUCGCUGCUGAUGCAGCAGCAGCAGCAGCAGCAGCAGCAGCAGCAACAACAGCAGCAGCAAUAUGUGCGAGGGGCGUUGUGCUGCAGCUGCAGCGGCUUCCCUGCUGCUUAUGCAGCCCCAGCAGCAAGCUGCUGCUGCGGCGCAGCAGUGCAGCAGGCCGAGCAGCCGCAGCAUUUGCUGCUGCAGCAGCAGCAGUUGCAGCAGCAGCAUCUGCAGCAGCAGCAGCAGCUGCAGCAGCACCAGCAGCUGCAGCAACAACAGCUGCUGCAGCACCACCAGCAGCUGCAGCAGCAGCAGCAGCAGCAGCAACCCAUCGCCGGCCCCUAUUUGCAUGGAGAUCUACCAUUGCUGGCUCCUGGGGGCUGCAUGCAGCAGCAGCAGCAGCAGCAACAGCAGCAGCAGCAGCAGCAAAUGCUGCAGCUGCCUGCAGCAGGGGAUUCCCUUUGCUAUGCAGGACUGGACGGCCCGAGGCCUCCAUUCAGCUGUUUGGAGCAGCAGCAGCAGCAGCAGCAGCAGCAGCAGCAGCAGCAGCUGCAGCAGCAAAAGGAGGAGGAGGAUCAGUUCGUGCCGCUGCAGCGCUGCAGCAGUUUGCUGCAGCAGCAGGAGCAGCAGCUGCCGCUGCAGCGCAGCCUUUCAGAUGGUUCUACUGUUGCUUCUUUUUGCAUGCAUAGUGGCUCGGAUGAGAGCUCUUGCUGCUGCUGCAGCAGCAGCAGCAGCAGCAGCAGCGAGGACCUUAGCUGCUUCGGGCCGGGGCAAACGUAUCCUGCUGUCUUUGAGGAGGCAGCAGCAAGCAGCAGCAGCAGCACAGAUGAUUCGCUGCUGCUGCUGCUGCGGCAGCAGGAACAGGAAGGGCACCACCAGCACCAGCAGCAGCAGCAGCAGCAGCAGCAGCACGAACCGCACCGGCACCACCAGCACCAGCAGCAGCAGCAGCAGCAGCAGCAGCACGAACCGCACCAGCAGCAGCAGCAGCAGCAGCAGCAUGAGCAGCAGCAGCAGGAUAGGGCGCUGUAUUGGCCUGGAUUUGAAAUGCCAAUAGGCAAGCCGAUGCAGCAGCCUGCCCCUGCCGCUGCCACUGCUGCUGCUGCUGCUGCUGCAGCAACAGCAGCAGCAGCAGCAGCAGCAGCAGCAGCAACAACCGAAGCAGAGGAAGAGUUUGUGGCUUCUUCGAGGCCAACAGCAGCAUCAGAAGCAGAAGAUGCAGCAGCAGAGACAGACGAUGCAGCAACAGAAGCAGAGGAGGAAGCAGCAGCAGCAACGACAACAACAGCAGCAGCAGCAGCAACAGCAGCAGCAGCAGCAGCAGCAGGAGCAGCGGGAGGAACGGCGGGUUGGCGGGCAAAGGCGGCGCCUCCUGCCCGAGGAGGAGGGAGGCCAGCAGCAGCAGCAAAAGCAGCAGCAAAGGCAGCAGCAAAAGCAGCAGCAGCAGCGCAGCAGCAGCAGCAGCAGCAGCAACAGCAGCAGCAGCAGCAGCAGCAGCAGCAGCAGCAGCAUGCAGUGGCACUUCGGCUUUAG